GUGCCAUCUCAACCAAAAGGUGCGCGUAGUCUAAUAUUCGCGUUACGUCAUCGACGUGUGAAGGCUGGUUCAAGGAGUAUGGCUAGUGAUCAAAUAUGCUAUACUUUAGUCGGUUUGUCAUCUGAAGCAAAAACGUAUACUGAGCAAAAACUCAAGGACGAUUUGCAGAACAGCAAUGAUAAUGUGAAAAGAGAGGCACUUAAGGAACUUAUUCGGCUAAUAAUUAAUGGCGAGAAGUUUCCCAAUUUAUUGAUGACUGUGAUUCGCUUUGUUAUGCCGUCACAGGAUCACAUGAUUAAAAAGCUGUUGCUUCUAUUUUGGGAAGUUGUGCCUAAGUACAGUUCGGAUGGAAAACUUCUACAUGAAAUGAUACUAGUGUGUGAUGCUUAUCGCAAAGAUUUACAACAUCCAAAUGAAUUCAUCCGUGGGUCAACUUUACGAUUUCUGUGUAAAUUAAAAGAACCUGAAUUAUUGGAGCCUAUUAUGCCAUCUAUUCAACAGUGUCUGGAACAUCGACAUGCAUAUGUUCGACGAAAUGCAGUGCUGGCAAUUUUCACGAUAUACAAAAACUUCGAAUCGCUUAUUCCGGAUGCACCUGAAAAAAUUUUAAGAUUCCUCGAACAAGAGCAAGAUUCUUCUUGUAAAAGGAAUGCUUUUAUGAUGUUACUUCAUGUCAGUCAGAGUACUGCUCUUGAUUACCUUACUUCUUGUUUGGAUGAAGUACAAAAUUUCGGUGACAUUCUUCAGCUCAUAAUUGUAGAGUUAAUCUACAAAGUAUGUCUUGCUAAACCUUCUGAAAGGCUACGGUUUAUUCGUUGUAUUUACAGCUUAUUACAAUCUAGUAGUGCUGCUGUGCGCUAUGAAGCUGCAGGAACGCUGACAACACUAAGUUCCGCCCCGAGUGCCAUUAAGGCAGCCGCAAGUUGUUACAUUAAUUUAAUCCUGAAGGAAAGUGAUAACAAUGUGAAACUAAUUGUAUUAUCACGUCUCACUGAUUUACGUCAGUAUCAUGAGCGUAUUCUACAAGACCUAAUUAUGGAUAUCGUGCAGAUCAUAAAUGCAUCUGACAUGGAAGUUCGUCAGAAAACACUUAAUUUAACGAUGGAUUUAGUGACAGCUCGUACAGCGGAAGAAUUGAUUAAGAUAUUUCGUAAAGAACUUAUCAAAGCUUGCAGCACGAAUACCCGGCCUUCAGCUUCAGCGAGUGAUGGGGAAAAGUCUUCUGCAGAUGAUCAAAAUUCUGACGAAUCCGUUUACCGUUUUUCACUAGUGCACACUAUAUAUGAUAUUUGCUUACGGUUUCCAGAAGUAUUACCAAGCAUUGUACCGACAGUUUGUGAAAUUUUGACCUACGAAGAAAUUGGCGAUACACGAGCUGCAAAUGAGGCUUGUAAAUUUUUACGUGAAAUUUUGGAGCGAUUUCCUCAAAGAAAGGCUGACAUUUUGGAAAAAUUGAUGCAAAUUUUUCCAUCGAUUAUCGGCCGUGAAACUCUUCGACAUUUAGUUUGGAUUUUUGGUGAAUAUUGUACUACUUAUGAAGAAAUUAACUCCUUUAUGACUCUUAUUCGCCAGGUUAUCGGCGAGCUACCACUUGUUGAUGAGGAGUUACGCAGACAAGCUAGUCAAGUGAAUUCAGUGGAUUCGUCUGCUGAAAACCAAAGUCAGCCGUCCGUGCUAAUUUCAGGUGGUGUAAAUGUUGGUGUCAGUCCAGCACAACGUGUUACUGCAGAUGGGACAUACGCAACUCAGUCUGCUUUUACUCUACGUUCAAAUAAAGAUUCUAGCUCAGUGAAUGCAAUCAAACGACCUGUCCUACAAGCAGCUCUAUUCGAAUCACAUUAUAUGCCUGGAGUUGUAUUAUCUGCCUGUUUAGUGAAAUUAUUUUAUCGAUAUUCAUUGCUUCUUAAACAAGAGCAAACGAAAACCGUUAAAGAUGAAUGCACAAAAACUAAAAUAAUUUCAAAAGAAAAUUCAUUCGCUGCUGAAUGUAUGCUUAUCAUUGCGAGUAUGAUACAUUUGGCUACUAGUCAACUACUUCCACAUCAAGUGAAUCCUGACCACUUAGAUCGUAUGUGGAUUUGUCUAAAGAUCUUGGCUGAUCGUCGUCCUGAAGUCUUAGAGGCUUUCGAACAUACAUCUCGUGGCUGUCUUACUGAAAUGCUUGCAUACCAAGAGUCAGAACGUAAAAACAAUGCUAAAGCUCGUAAUCAAGGCUUAAUUGAGCAUCAAAAACAGUUGGCUGAGUUGAAUCGUGCGGACGCGCCGAUCAAAUUCUCUCUACUUACUGGCCAAACUGAGUUCGGUGACACAGUAGAUCGUUUUGACUUAACACUUAGUCAAGCGCUGGGUGCAGGUGGAAAAGGCAGUGCUGGUGAUGCUUAUGCUACAUCUAAACUCAGUAAGGUUCACCAAUUAACUGGCUUUUCUGAUCCUGUAUACGCAGAAGCGUAUGUUCAUGUGAAUCAAUUCGAUAUUUUGUUAGAUGUAUUAGUUGUUAAUCAAACUAAAGAUACACUGCAAAAUUUAACAUUAGAACUGUCUACAUUAGGCGAUUUACGUCUGGUUGAAAAACCUAGUCCAUUAACAAUUGCACCUCAAGAUUUUGCUAAUAUCAAAGCAAAUAUUAAGGUUUCUUCCACAGAAAAUGGUAUCAUCUUUGGAAAUAUAUCCUACGAUGUUCGGGGUUCAUCUGGCGAAACAACUUGCAUUGUGUUAAAUGAUAUUCAUAUUGAUAUUAUGGAGUACAUUAUGCCAGCCACUUGUACACCAAGUGAAUUUCGUCAAAUGUGGUCUGAAUUUGAAUGGGAGAAUAAGGUUACUGUGAAUACACAAAUCAAAGAUCUGUUCAUCUACUUAUCUCAAAUUACAAGCCAUACGAAUUUACGUUGCCUAACACCUACCGAGGCUCUUUCGGGUGAUUGUGAUUAUCUUUGCGUGACGCUUUAUGCCAAGACAAUAUUUGGCGAACAUGUUUUAGCUAAUUUAUGUUUAGAAAAAGCGGAAGCUGAUCAACCUGUAACUGGUCAUGUACGAAUUCGAGCUAAAACACAGGGUAUGGCUGUUACAAUGGGAGAAAGAGUACGUUCAGUUUAACCCCUCUGAUAGUCAAUAUCAUGUACUUUAAUGUGAGAUGAAUGUAGUUUAAAAGGAAACUAUUUAGUAGUAUGCUGUAAUAAAUCAAGUUUUAUAUUUUCUGGUUGUUUUAUUGUAUUUAAAGUGAGUGACUUGGUAAAUGGUUACCAGUUUAAUUCAUAUAUCUCUGUCGUUUCCUCUUCGAAUCCAAAAAAAUAUUAAUUUUCUUGUCAUAUUCCUAUAUUGUAUUAUUUAUUCAUAGGUAAGGAAAUAAAACCAUUGACAACCUCAAUUAUUAAUCUGAUUUACAUGACUCUUACAGUUCUAGGAUAAGUUAUUAUUAGAAUAAUAUGAUUAAUCCAGUUUGCUCAUAUUAUCAAUAAAAUUCACCAUAAAUUCGAAUACUUAUUUGUUUGUAUAAUAUACAUAAAUACUGGUACACACAGAUAAAUAAGUGAAGUCUUAAACAGUUGAAUAAAUCAAUCAGAAUAAGUAAGCGACUAUAGUAUAUAGUGGGACAUAUAAUUUAGCUAGAAAUACCGGCGAAACUAUAAUUUAUGAACAAAUCAGUCAGAUUUGAGAUGGCUGAUCUUGGAUUUCGACGUGUAAUUCAUCCACUCAUUUGGCUAAAUAAGAUUUUGUCAUAAUAGCUGAUGUCAGUUCGCGAUGAAAACAUUAAAUCUGAUUUCUAACCCUAACGUUCAACUGUAAAUCUUAAUCUUAAUUCCUCAUACUAAUACAUAAUCCUCGUUUAACCCUAUUAAGUAGGUGGACAUUCCAAGGUCAUUUUAGUGUUGCUCUAAGGUCGUCCAUAAAUUAUCGUCUUACCGAAAUACCAUCUGAAAGAUUUCCUUCAGUUAAGCGAUUUCCUCUCACUUUUUCUAAUGUAAAAUAAAACCACAACAAAAUCCCUACUUGCUUCUAUUCGGAGUCAUCCUUUAAAUUUAUAGAAAAACUAAGGAUGUUGCCUAAAUAAAAUGACAAAGUUCAUUGUCAUUAUUAUCACUUACCACGUGUUAAUUCACAAGUUAAACUAGAAAACUUAUCGUAAACCGAAUCACGAAUAAAGCACUAUCUUUUCAACUUCUUUAAACUUUAAAUAAUCUCCUUUAUGCAUUGAAUCCUACCUUUUGAUUGGAGAGUAUGAAUUGACUGGGAUUCUUUAAUUACUUUUGGAAAUAUCGGUGCCUAUUGUCAUCCGAAGCGAUGGGGGUGUAUAUCUUGUAACAUAACUUAUGUAUAGCACUAUUCUGACUAAGUAGUAUAUUACCACUGGUUUAUUUUGCAAUUCCUAUCUUUCUAUUGGUUUCACAUUUCUGUUUCAUAGGUUAGCAGCUGUCAAAAGAACUGGCCAGUUAAUAAUUCCCGAACCCCAAGUGACAAUACUACAAAACAUCAAGAUGAUGAGAAUUCCGAUGAAAAUGUAAUACGUUCUCAUUCACCAGUUAAUAAUACAUUGGUGAAUAGUCACUAACUUACUUGCUUUGAUUUUUUUUCAUUCUUUUGUCUACAGGGAACUCGGUUUAUUUCUCCCUGUAUUCGCUUAUUCCUACUCAAAUUGUUUUGUUGUAAGCUGAACUGGGUGAAACCUUUUAAUAAUCUGCAUUACGUUUUACUCAUGAGUGUUCUAAGCACUACGUCUUUGUAAUAGUUACUACUCUGUUUUGGUUCUUUUAUUCACUCCCCCUUUUUUGUAACUUAGUCUAAUAUAAAUAUUUUUUCUG